GGUCGGUGCUGUGCUGCUGAUCUGCACUGCUCGCUCACGCUUGUCACUUUGUCCUCCUCCCAGGUGGUGUAUUUCACGGCCACUUUCCCAUACCUCAUGUUGGUCGUUCUGCUGAUCCGGGGAGUCACCCUGCCAGGGGCAUCCCAGGGAAUCCUGUUUUACCUUUAUCCAGACCUCAGUCGCCUUGGGGACCCCCAGGUCUGGAUGGAUGCAGGCACUCAAAUCUUCUUUUCGUAUGCAAUUUGUCUGGGAUGCCUGACAGCUCUGGGCAGCUAUAACAAAUACCAUAACAACUGCUACAGGGACUGCGUGGCCCUCUGCUUCCUCAACAGCGGCACCAGCUUCGUGGCCGGCUUUGCCAUCUUCUCCAUCCUGGGCUUCAUGGCAGGGGAACAGGGUGUGCCCAUUGCUGAAGUGGCUGAGUCAGGGCCUGGCCUGGCAUUCAUCGCCUACCCUCGGGCUGUGGUCAUGCUGCCCUUCUCCCCGCUCUGGGCGUGCUUCUUCUUCCUGAUGGUGGUCUUGCUGGGACUGGACAGCCAGUUUGUCUGUGUGGAGAGCCUCGUCACAGCUCUUGUGGACAUGUACCCCACCAUCUUCCGCAAGAAGAACCGCCGGGAGACCCUCAUCUUGCUGGUCUCCAUCCUCUCCUAUCUGGUCGGGUUGUUGAUGCUCACAGAGGGUGGGAUGUAUGUCUUCCAGCUCUUUGAUUACUACGCUGCCAGUGGCAUGUGCCUGCUCUUUGUGGCCAUCUUCGAGACUCUCUGCAUCGCCUGGGUCUAUGGUGCCGAGCGUUUCUACGAUAACAUUGAAGACAUGAUCGGUUACCGGCCGUGGUCCAUCAUCAAAUACUGCUGGCUUUUCAUCACCCCGGCGGUUUGCACGGCAACUUUCCUGUUUUCUCUGAUCAAAUACACCCCACUGACCUACAACAAGAAGUACGUGUACCCAUGGUGGGGAGACACGCUGGGCUGGCUGCUGGCCCUCUCCUCCAUGGUAUGCAUCCCUCUCUGGAUCGUCUACAAACUCUCCACCAUCAAAGGCUCCCUCAGAGAGAGGCUCCGCCAACUCACCUGCCCACUUGAGGACUUGCCUUCCAUGCUGGACCCAGGACAGCCCCUUCCCUCCACCAGAGCUGGCCUCCUGAUGCUGACAGAGCUCGAAUCUCAUUGCUAGGACCAGUGUGACUCUCCCUCCCUCCCCCCAGGAUUGUUUCUGUACAGCCUUUACCACCUGUUGGAUAACACAAGGAUUCUUCACUCACCAAGGAGAGAGGGAUUUCUGGGCUGAGUUCCCUUCCUUGGAAGAUUUGAAGGGCUGAGGAAGAGGCUGCUGUGGAGAUGGUCUGCAUGGAGUUAGCAAUGCACCUUAAUCCUCUCUCUGGAGAGGGCUCUGAAGGGGCAGAUCAAGCACUGGUAUUCCUGAGCAUUCCCAGCCUUCUGGUGGGCAGAAAGGAAGGACUGAUCCUGGAGCGGAGUGUCAGAGAGUCUCAGAGUUGUGGCUCCAGUGUGGACUUUGGGAGCUUCUCCAUUCAUUCUAUUAAAUCCUUGUUUUCCCU